AAAAGUUUGCAACUAUACCAAUUAAUACAAAUCCAGUGACUAUUAUUACCUUGUGCCCUUCUGACCAUUUGCCUAUUAUUACCUAUUGCCUAUUUGCCAUUUCACUUGCACUUUAUGUGCAAUGUGACGAAUAAACCCGUAUUGUAUUGUGUCGUAUUGUAUAUGCUACGUUGUUGAUGUUAUGGUUUAACCACAAAUCAGGAAGCUGAAUUGUGCUAUACAGUAUUCAUUUUGGAUAUCCUCGGCAAGGCAAACAUUUAUUGUCCAUGCAUUGUUUCCCUUGAGAAGAAGGUGGUGAGCCACCUUAUUAAAUUUCUGCAAGAUGUUUAGUGAAGGUACUCUCACGUUGGUGGUGAAUUACAGGGUUAUGCCCCAAUGAUAAGGAGCGUAAAUCUUCAGUGGUACUGACACAACAUUGUUUGAUCACGUAACUUUUGUUUUAUCUAAUGCAUUGAAAAAAAUCUCAUCUGGCCCAAACAAAUUGGCUGACUGACGAUAAAUGUGGAAGAUGCUAAAAUUAACUUGUCUGCUUAGCUAUUCUGGGUAAAUGUGUUUGAAAUACUUCAACCUUUUCUUCAGUAUUCACAUCCAGAGCCCAGCUGUCAUUGAGGAUAGGGUUAUUCUUGGAGCCUCUUUUCUUAUCACCUGUUUGAUUGUGUGCCUACAUUAAAACAAGAUGAAGCAGGGCUGAAGAGUUUUUUAUCAGUUCAUAAAUGGUGUCAAGACUUUGCUUGAAUGCUUUUUAUUGGGAGUGCAUGGCAAUGCAUGGAUACAUGUGAUGUUAUUUUAUUCUCAUAAAAUAACAUCAAUCUGCAUGUAACUUAAUAAAUAGAGGAAAGAUGAGCAGGCCAUUUGACCCAUUGCACCAGCUGUGUCAUUGAGCCAUAUUAAUAGCUGAUCUUCAUGUGGUAAUUCUAUAUCUUCGAUUUAAAUCAAAAAUUCCAAAAUAUCUGUCUUGAAUUUACUCAACGGUUCAGCCUCCAUUGUCAUUUCCGAUAGGAAAUUCUAAUGAUUCACAAUGCUGCGAAUGAAGAAUUCUGUGAAUCUCAAUUGUGAACGAUCGACUCUUUAGUUUGAGACUGAGUGCCCUGGUUCGAGAUAUCUCAUCAGUCUUGUAUGUACCCCUUCAAGCCCAAUAGAAAUUUUGAGAACAUUGACAUCAUUUUUGAUUCUCUUGAAGUUAACAGUGAAGGCCCAGUCUGCUGAAUCUUUCUUCUUGUGAUGUACCUCAACCCCAAGAAACAAAACAGUGAAUCUUCAUUGUACAUAUAACCAUCAUCUUUGUGCAUGGAAAACAGAUAUAUAUACCGUAUUCCAGGUGCUACCGUGCCAAGGGAAGUGAAACUGAACAGGAUGAAUUAGUUUUGAAAAAAUCCCCAUCUGACACAGGAAAGCAAAGUGAGGGAUCAACAUCAUCAAAAUCUCCCAAAAGUUGCAAGCAUCAUUCUUCACGAUCCCAGUCUAGGUCAAGGUCGAGAUCAAAAUCUAGGGAAAAGAAACAAAAGUCCGAUUUUAAAUACAGGAAGUCCCCAGGUUACAACAAGGUUCCGCUCCUGAGAACUGUUCGUUAAUCGGAAAUGAACAAAAACAAUGCGUGGGAGAGGAUCACAGAAACAUGUGACAGGAGAAUGAGCAGAAAGUGAAAACCGGAAACGCAGACGAAGUCGCAGCAGAAGCAAAGAGCGUGCUUAUGCACGAAGAGACACAGCGAGUGGAAGACGCUGCAGAGUCAAAUAGCAAAAAAUAUAAGCCCACCUCCUGAAAAGGCUUAGUGGGUAAUUACACGGCAGGAUACCACUCGGUCAUAUUUGCAGUCUGGUGAUCAUCUUAUGGAACGAAGACGGGAUUUAAAAGAAAAAUCUACAGCCAAAAGGGUGAAGUCAUCUGAGCAACAAAAUGACAAGGAGCAAAACAAAUGGAGAGAACGAUUAAGUUCAACAGAAAAUGGAGAAGACCGACCAAAACGAAAAGAAAAGAAAGCUUCAAAGGCUAAAAGUUAUUCCCGGUCCAGAUCAAGAGAGAGACGACGUCGCAGCCGUGAAAGGAAGAGAUCCCGGUCAAGGAAGAGAUCGCGUUCAAGGAGUAAAGAAAAGAGAUCUCGGAGCAGAGAUAGGCGGUCAAGAAGCAGAAACAGACGCUCAAGGAGCUGGGACAGGCAUUCAAGGAGUAAGGACAAGCGGUCAAAGAGUCGGGACAGGCGCUUAAGCAAAGAUAGGCGAUCGCGAAGUAGAAACAAACGGUCGAGGAGCAAGGAUAAGCGAUCUCGAAGUCGGGACAGGCGCUCAAGGAGCAAGGACAAGAGGUCGAGGAGUCGGGAUAGGCACUCGAGGAGCAAGGAUAAGCGGUCAAGGAGCCGGGAUAAGCGGUCAAGGAGCAAGGAUAGGCGAUCCCGAAGCCGGGGCAGGCGUUCAAGGAGCAAGGAUAGGCGAUCCCGGAGCUGGGACAAGCGGUCAAGGAGCAAGGAUAAGCGAUCCCAGAGUCGGGAUAAGCGGUCAAGAAGCCGGGACAGGUCUUCCAGGAGUAAAGAUAAGCGAUCUCAGAGCAGGGACAAACGCUCAAGAAGUAAGGAUAAGCGAUCUCGCAGUCGGGAUGGGUGUUCAAGGAGCAAGGAUAAGAGAUCUCGCAGCCGGGACAGGCGCUCAAGGAGCAAGGAUAAGAGAUCUUGCAGCCGGGACAAGCGCUCAAAAAGUCGAGGCAGGCGCUCAAGGAGUAGGGACAGGCAUUCGAGCAGAGACAGGCACUCAAGAACCAAAGAGAAAAAACGACGACCAAAAUCACGUUCAAGAUCGCGAUCGAGGGUCAGGCCACGCAGGAGCAGGAGUAGAAGCAAAGAAAAAAGAAAACGCAAAUUUAGCAGAAGUAGAAGUCGUAGCCGGACUCCCCCAGCAUUCAGAGGUCGCAAUGCUGCCAUGGAUGCUCAAGAAGCAUUGGCUCGCAGGCUUGAAAGAGCAAAGAAGCUUCAGGAACAAAAAGAAAAAGAGCUGCUGGAAAAACAAAAAGAGGAACAAACCGACGUUGCAGACACAACUAAUGGAUCAGUUGGAAAUGUCAACCAGCCAACAGUUAGUAGUGGAUCCGUUCUCAAUGUUGCUGCACUCUUGGCAUCUGGCACUCAAGUUACCCCUCAGAUUGCGAUGGCUGCGCAAAUGGCAGCCCUCCAAGCCAAGGCAUUGGCUGAAACAGGCAUAGCCGUACCUAGUUACUACAACCCAACUGCUGUCAAUCCAAUGAAGUUUGCAGAACAGGAGAAGAAACGCAAACUCCUCUGGCAGAAUAAGAAAGAAGGGGACAAAUCACAGACUGCAGAAUUAUGGGAGAAGCUAAAUUUUGGCAAUAAAGACCAAAAUGUAAAAUUUCGAAAGUUAAUGGGCAUCAAGGAUGAAGAAGAAGUGGGAACUCCGGUCCCAAAUCCUGCUGAAAGUUUCAAAACUUUAAAGCAACAGGAAGAAAUGUUCAGGAACUUGGAUGCUCAAUAUGAAAUGGCACGAUCACAAACUCACACGCAGAGAGGCAUGGGCCUGGGUUUCUCUUCAAUGAGAGGAAUGGACACAAUUUAAGAACAAGUGUUGUACUUGUGCUUAAGUACAUGAUUUUUUUAUAUUGUCUUUGUCCAUGUUGGAGAUUUCAAGCUUCAUUUUGACUUUCACUUUCCCGUUUACUGAAAAAGCUAGCAAUCUAGCUUGCAUGGUUGUUGCAGUGCAAAAUAAUUUAUUAAAAAGAGUUUUGAUUGUAAAA